AUGCCGGACACGAUUGAAGGCCACAGCUUGCUUUCAACCUGGAAUCGACUGCCCCAGGGCAGGAAACUCAGCCCUACCAUUUGCCAUGGGCUGAUCCAGACUGCCCUGGAAGAGGAGGAAGCUCCUGAACACCUGCAGUACGUCGAUGGCAUCGUUGUGUUGGAGCAGAGUAUUCUAUUUCUCACCAUCAUGGCCUAUGACCGCUACGCUGCCAUCUGCAAGCCCCUGCACUACGGGAGCCUCAUGGGCAGCAGAGCUUGUGGCCAGAUGGCAGCAGCUGCCUGGGGCAGUGGCUUUCUCAAUGCUGUCCUGCACACGGCCACGACAUUUUCCCUGCCCCUCUGCCAAGGCAAUGCUGUGGACCAGUUCUUCUGUGAAAUCCCCCAGAUCCUCAAGCUCUCCUGCUCAGAUGCCUACCUCAGGGAAGUUGGGGCACUUUUCUUUACUCUUUCCUUAGUAUUUCUUUGUUUUCUUUACAUUGCGCUGUCCUAUGUGCAGAUCCUCAGAGCCGUGCUGAGGAUGCCCUCUGAGCAGGGAAGGCACAAAGCCUUCUCCACGUGCCUCCCUCACCUAGCCGUAGUCUCCCUGUUUGUCAGCACUGCCAUGUUUGCCUACCUGAAGCCCCCCUCCAUCUCUUCCCCAUCCCUGGACCUGGUGUUUGCAUUUUUGUACUCAGGUGCCUCAGUGGACAGAGACAACAGCCAGAGCCAUGGACACAAAGACCUGGGUCCUGUUGGGACUUACAGCCUUGCCAAUGUCCUUGGUCCUCUCCGUACCAGGGUAUCCUAG